UUGAUCUGUCUUACAGCGAAGUCCGGGCUCAGAUGGCAUUCCUGUUGAGGUUUUACCGUAAGCGAAAUCAGCACUCUCUUGCCACCUGCUCUUACGCCGGUGCUGGGAGUGGGUAUGAGCUGGGCUGGCCUGGGUUGCUUAACCUUGCACGCACAAGAGCCAAAAAAAAAGUGUAGUGAGUCGUGGGCCGGGUUGUUCAAAGCUGGGUUAAGAUAACCCAGGGUUAAUGUGAAAACUGAUUUCAAAUCUGAAAGCUUUAAAAAAAAUUCAUUUUAAUGUAAUUUGUGUACAAUCUUAAGAUUGGAUGCUCUAAAAAGAAUAGAGAAAAUUAUCCAAAAGGGCAUUUGAACAAAGUAAUAAAGAUACAAGAUUAAAAUUUAACCCUGGGUUCGUGCUAAUCGGCCUUGUAACAGCUUUGCCGCUCUGACGUCCCACAUUUAGGUGGGCCUUUAGUUUCAUCAUUUCCAUUACUCCUGCGUUUUGACUUUUUCUACGAAUAAAAUUCGCCUUUAGCUACCUUGAACUUAACCCAGUCGCUUGUUAAUUCCUUUUAAAACAACCUGCAUUUUAUUACUUAUUUUUCACACGCAGGGCAAAGUCUAGAUGGGCAACAACUAAUCAAGGAGCCCUCUCUGAUAUUAUCGUUUGCUCUUGUUCAGUGUAUCUUCACUUAUUCGAGAUCGCAUUAUAUCUUUGGUUAUGGUCUAGUAGAGGUACAACAGAGUUUCAAUUUGCUUUUCGUAGUAAAAUUACGCGAAAUUUUUUUUAGGCAACUUAUUAUAGACGAAUAAUUUUGAUUUUCUCUAUGUUCGAGGGACGGCGGUAAGCAUUUCUUUUGCAACCGUUAUUUGGUCUCGUUACGCAAACGCACUCUCUCCAACGGGAAAUGGAGGGCGUUGGCUGACGAGAAUAAACAACAGCGGCGAAGUAGACAACAGUAAGCGUGGCACCGAUUUCAUUUUACUUAGAAAUAUUUAGGUAAUAGACCACAAAAUAUCUGUGUGAAUUCAGAUAAAUUAGGUUUUUUCUGUCUUUCUCUUAAGGUGAAGUGAUGCGAUAUUUUCGUUCUUUUGAAAGUUAUGCUCUUUUCAGUUGCAAAACUGAAAACAUUAAAAAUAUACAAACUGUCGCCUCUCAACCCACACAGCAAAAAAAAUUAACUUUUGCAUGCUACGCAUGCCUAUGUUCUAAUUUGUGUCAACUUACUUGUUUUCGAAUCAGUUAUUUCAGUUUUUUUUUUGGUUUAUACAUAUUUCCAAUCGAGAUUGUAUGUACCAUCCGAUUCUAAAAUUUUGUAUGGUUAUACUACUAUACUUGUAUAUUUUUUUCACUAAAAGCUCCUGGGUAAAUGUCCUCUGCGGCGAUAAAACCAUGACCAUUGUCAUCCCAAAGACCCUCCUCCGUGGUCUUGAUUUAAAAGAAUCUUCGACUCCUGGACACCAAAUGUAAAGGCAAAGAAGGACGGACCCACCUUAGCGUUACAACAUCAUUGACGGGCUGUAAAACUGUCAGCAGAUAUACACCCACAGCUAUCAUCUACUCCAACACACUGAAAAAUACCCGUGGCCGCUAAAAAGUGCUGUAACACGCGUACAUGACAUAAAAGUGCAGUUCAGCUGCUAUUACUCAGCGCAUGGUAUAGUUUCAUCGCUUGGUUGGACGCCAAUUAAAACAACACUUGAGCUUCGAGAAGAGGCCAAAGGAACUUGACACUGUCGUUGAGAAUGUUUCACAACAAGGCAUUUGUGAAUCCUUACACGAAAGUUGAUUUCCCUGUUGCUGUGGAGCUGCAUAGGCGAUUGUACUUUGAGGUAUCCGUGGCAACAGAUGACAAAAAGCUGUCAGUCAGGGCUGAUCGAUGUUAUGCCACGCCCACCCAGGAUCAAAAGAAUUCUCUGAAAUAUGUGUUUAUAAAGAAAGGGUAUGUUUAGUGAUAAAUGUUUUGGACACUUAUUUUCUACUCCUUUCGAAAAAUUACUCUUGGUUUAUUUUGCGGUUACUUGAGACGUUUUCCUAAGCAACUAAUAGUUAGUGACAAGUAAGAAAAAUUGGACACACUUCGUAAUCUUGAAUUCCAUGAUGAUCAACAUAAGUUUAAAAAAAAAAACUUUGUUAAGGAUAUUCUUAGGCAUAAUUUCCCUUGAUCAAAAUUUGCUUUACUUUAGCUGCCCAAGUGACGCAACAGUAAAAUAUCAUUCAUCGCCUUCUUCUCGUGCUCAGCGGUUCAGCGUGGGAAGCCUUUAAGUUCAUUGCUGCUCAUCCCUUUGUUUUCGUCCACUGCCAAGUGACUGUAUACAAUGCAACCAACCCAGGCUCAAAUGCUCGGUGAAAUGUCCUUCAAGUGGCCGAGGGAAACGUGAACUGAGUGAUAACGUGACUUACGACGUGUACUCUUUAGUGCAGGGACCCCUGCACCUGACGCACGAGAAAAGAAAGGAGAACCGCGGGAGAAUUCUGGAUAAGACUGGUACGUAGAUGAGCUGUUUCAGGGGACACAUAUUAGGGAUGCAUCCUGAGGAUAAAUUCUAUCCCCGGCCCCCAGUACCCCAUGGACCCCUCUUGAAAGGCCCCUCAAGAUUUUUGAGUUGUGAAAAAUAUCUCUGAUAACUUUCCCCAUUCCCAAAAUGAUUCACCCUUCUUUGUUUGUAUAUUUUUCCCUGACCUAAUUACAAACGUAUUGUUACGACAUCUUAAACCAGCAUGGUACAGUAUGACGCUUCGCAAGUGAGGAUUUUUCAACUUUGCAGUGAAAUUUCUUUUGAAUUAAGUCUAUAUUCCCCUUUUCUGUGACGUCCCUAGGUUCCAGUCCUCACAUUCCGAGGCUCUGUCCGCUGACAAUCAUCACAAGUAGCUUCAAACUCAUUUACACUUG